CCCCCUCCGGACCCGGGCAGCUCCGUCAUGAUCCGGGCCGGGGCCGGGACGGUGUCGGUGGCGGCCCGCAGGAUGCCCUCCUCGGUGCGGCGGAGGAGCGGCUGCUGGAUCGCCUGGUGCCAAGCGCUGCUGCUCGGCGUGUCGGCGCUGGUCAUAGUGGCCGAGAGGAGCGCUCUGAUCUACUGCACGGGCUUCUACCUGUGGAACGAGGAGAGCCAGUGGGCGGGGCUGACCCUGGGCCUGUUCCUGCCCGGCACCGCGGUCCAGCUGCUCAGUAUGAAGUGGUACUACGACGACGGAGACACCCGCCGCUGCUACCUCUCCCUCAUACACACUCUGCACCUGGGAAUAUUCAAGAGGCUGUGGGACUGCAUGCGCUCCGUGUUGCACAUGCAGGACUCGGUGGCUGACCUGGGAGCGGCGGUGAUGCAGCAGGCCGACGUCGCCGCCCUCUGGCUCCUGGAGGCUCUGGUCCUGACCCUGCCCCAGAGUCUGCUCCAGGCCUACGUGGUGGUGUCGACGGACGUGGGCAUCAUGUCUCCAGUGGCGCUGUGCUGUGGUCUCUGCGUCCUGUCCCUCUCCUGGGCUCUGGUGCUCUACAGUCGGGCCUGCUGCCUCAUCAGGCCGGGGCACCUGGCCUUGCCCCCGGCCGCUCUGCUCUGCCAGCUGCUCUGGAGGUUCGGCAUGAUCGCCUCCAGAGUCACCUGCCUCAUGUUCUUCGCCCGGGUCUUCAGCUGGUGGGUGUGUGGAGUGGCAGGCUUCCACUGGCUGACGGCGUCCUUCUGGCUGGUGUCUCAGCAGCCGGACAUCUGCACGGGCCCCUGGUGCUGGAGGGCCUUUAACGCCGUGCUGGGCCUGGUGCACGUCUUCCUCUUCCUCAACGUGAAGGACGGCCCCUCGCGCUUCCGCAUGGCCAGCUUUUACGCCUUCAUGCUGGUGGAGAACGCUACGCUGGUUCUGGCUGCGUCCGAUUUCCUCAGUGAAGCGUCCUGGGACAACAUGACCCUGCCCACCACUGUGCUCUGCAGCUUCCUCCUGGGUGGCAUCUGCCUGGUCCUGUACUACCGCUUCCUCCACCCCAAGUCCACGGAGAUCUCCCAGGGCCGCCUGCGCCACCACAUGGGCAGCACGUGCAUCGAGCAGGGGGACUCCUCCUUCUCUCUGGGCGACAAGAGCCUUCCCGCGCCCUCCUCCCUCCAGAACCACGGCAGCUUCUCCCUGUCCGGGGUGCCUGGCUCGCUCUUCCAACACCCCGGCGUCAAACCCAGCGGCUCGUGCCCGUGCUACCACCACCACUGGCUCCUCAUCCGGCUCGCGCUCAAGACCGGAGACCUGGGGAAGAUCAACCGCGCGUACGGGGAGGGGGGAGCGGCCGCCAUCCUCGAUCUGGAAGAGUACAACGACUUCAAGAGCAACGAGGGGCUCACCAUCACCGCGGGGGGGACGUGCGAGGGCGUGUCCAUGACGGAUUCGCACGAGAAAGGCAUCGCGCCGCUCUCGGACUGCAAGGACGAGUUCCAAAGCGUGAGCGAGCCUUCGUCGACCGGACACGAGGACAGUUUGGAGAUCGAGAGCCCCAUGGAAACCCCGACCUCGGAUUUCAAACGCAGCUCGCCCGAAGGGAAGUCCGUGUUCGGAGACAGCCCGGAGCCGUACUUCUGCCCGACGGAAUCCAGCUCCACGUUGUACUUCAGCGCCGAUCCGCAGUCGCCGAGCAGCGCCAGUAACCCGCGCUUGGACCGGGGAGGCGGGAGCAUGGAGGGGGUCCACCUGAGCUCCAUCCCCAGCGACCCGGCGCUCCACAGGGACGUGCGGAGCCUGAUGGGGAGGGGGGUGGGGUCCCGCUGCACCUCCACCCCCAAACUGGACUCGGGGGCGGGUCUGGAGGCGGCGGCCAGCGUCCCGCACUUGUCUGGACCGCGCAGGCAGCUCAUCAUGUCCCGCAGAGAGCCGGACGACACAUUCUAGGCACAAAGGUUUUAGGAUUAGGGCUGCACCGUAUGAGAUGUACGAUAGACGCUGCGAAAAUUGCGGUGUACGUAUAAUUUUUGUGCAAAAUUUGGUGCAAGAACCUAUGCAAAACCUUCUGGAGCUUUUAGCCAUGUUAUAAUGUUGUUUCCUCAUCAAAAAUGGGUGAUAUUUGUGUUUUCCUUCAUUCGCAUGUUUCAGUAAUCAUGUAGGUUUACUUGUACUUAAGGAAAUACCAAAGCUACGGCGUACAAAACAGUUAAACAAUGCAUAUUGCGUAACACAGACAUACAGUUUGUACAGUUUGUAGCCUGCACUAUUGUGAAAAAAGGAAGUACAGUCACUGCUGAACCUGAGUUGCCCCCAAGUUUGUCUCAUUCUCAGUAAAUGGACAGAACAGGCCUCAUGUGAAAAGCUCAGAACCUCCAGAAUUCACUCACUGAGCUGCAGAGGCUGCACUUGCACUGACCAGAGGUGGGUAAAGUAGCCAAAAAAAGUAAAAACGCAAAGUAGUGGUUCAGGAAAUUACUAAAUGAUGACCGUAUUUUUCGGACUAUAAGUCGCUCCGGAGUAUAAGUUGCACCAGCCAAAAAAUGCAUAAUGAAAAAGAAAAAAACAUAUAUAAGUCGCACUUUUUUUGGGGUGAAAUGUAUUUUAUAAAAUCAGAGACCAGGAACUGACAUUUCUUGAAAGUCAAGUUCUAGUAAAAACAAUAGAAGAGAGAACAACAGACUGUUAACGUCACAUAUGAACAGUUCUUCAGAUAAACUAUAACAUAAACAACAGAACAGAACAAGUUUAACAAACUCUCCAUCUCACUCCAAAUCACUAAAUCCAUUCAAUUCUUCAUCCUCGGUGUCACUUCUGAACAACUCCACGACCUCCGGAGGUAAACAGAGCGCCGCUUCCUCUUCUGUGUCGCUGUCGUCAGACUCAGCAUCAGUUCCAGUUAGAAUUAUUCGAGUCUUUCUGAAUCCCGACAGGAUGGUUUCGGUGUCACUGAAGUCCAGGCUUUGUCCAUCCAUCCAGUGACUUCAGGAAAGUUUCACGGUUCAUCCUCCCGGUGUCACAAUUUUCUCUCUCACUCCAAACUUUCUUUCUGCUGCUCGAUUAUCGUUUUCAGCUGCAGAUUUCACGACUUGCAGUUUGUAAUCUGCAAAAUCUGAUUUUCUUUUUGGGGGCGUUUUGUGUUCAAUCUUCUCAGUCGUCUUUAUAAGUUUGUUUAAAUGUUAGAUUUUAAGUCACGGUGCGAUCGACUGACAUGAUACAGACAGGACAGAGGCUCUUUCUGCAGGAGACAUGCGCAGUAGAGCCAAGUGACAGUGGUACAGGAGGAACAGGAGCAGCAGAUACUCACACACAAGACUAGAACCUCUCCACGCUUCACUGUGAAUAUUUUAAUAUAUAAGUCGCACCGGAGAAUAAGUCACAGGAAACACCCAAACCACGAAAAAAAAGUGCACCUUAUAGUCCGAAAAAUACAUUAUUUGGGGAAACUACUGCCUAAGUAAGAAAAACUGGAUGCAACAUUUGAUUUAUCAUUUAAAGUUAAUGUAAGUGGAUGGACAAAACAUCCAAAAAUACUAAAAAAUAUAUAUAUUUUCAACGGACAAACCACACAAAUGAGAUGCAUAAAAUCAUAUCUUGAAGCUGCGGUUUAAGAAACACGUGUAAUAUUGUCCACAUGAAGCUUUUGUCACUUGUAGAUUUUCUCACAGUGGGAAGAGGAACCAGAUCUUUAAUUGAAGUGAGAGUCCUGCCCAAAAGUACCAUUUCCUCAAAACGUUACUUAAGUAAAUGUGACUACUACUAAUACUACCCACCUCUGGCGUUGAUUCACGAUUGGCUGCAGGAGUUGGGGUUUUGGUAUUUACCAUUCAGCGCUGUCCAGGAUUUUAUAAUUACGUAUAAACAGUGUUGGGGAGUAACAGAUUACAUGUACCGGAGUUAUGUAAUCAGAGUACAAAUUAUGAGUAACUGUAUUCGGUUACAGUUACUGUUUCAGUGAGUGGUAAUUGGAUUACAGUUACUUAGUUGAAAUAAAUGGAUUACACGGCGGGAUUUUACUGUUUUUACAUUUUGAAUACCCGCCCCACUUUUUUUUUUUUUUUUUUCGGUAAUUCCACUCAUUGCUGGAAACUAAACCAGGUCUAAACUAGAUCUAAAACAGGUCUAAAACCAGGACUAAAACCAGGCCUAAACUAGACCUAAACUAGGUCUAAACCCAGGUCUAAACCAGAUCUAAACCAGGACUAAAACCAGGUCUAAACCAGGUCUAAACCAGGUCUAAACCAGGACUAAAACAGGACUAAAACCAGGACUAAACCAGGACUAAACCAGGUCUAAAACCAGGACUAAACCAGGUCUAAACCAGGUCUAAACCAGGACUAAAACCAGGACUAAACCAGGUCUAAAACCAGGUCUAAACCAGGACUAAAACAGGACUAAAACCAGGACUAAACCAGGACUAAACCAGGUCUAAACCAGGUCUAAAACCAGGACUAAACCAGGACUAAAACAGGACUAAAACCAGGUCUAAACCAGGUCUAAACCAGGACUAAAACCAGGACUAAACCAGGACUAAACCAGGUCUAAAACCAGGACUAAACCAGGACUAAACCAGGACUAAAACAGGACUAAAACCAGGACUAAACCAGGUCUAAACCAGGUCUAAACCAGGUCUAAAACCAGGACUAAACCAGGACUAAACCAGGACUAAAACAGGUCUAAAACCAGGACUAAAACCAGGUCUAAAACCAGGUCUAAACCAGGUCUAAAACAGGACUAAAACGGGACUAAACGAUGCUGCGGAAAAGUGUCUCCUCUUCUUCUAUCAAUAAUAUUUUUAUUUUGGUUCAGUAAAGUCUGGGCUUUUAAUUUUCUUUUAUCAGACAAAACAUCUUAAGUGAAGAUUUCCUGGUCUUUGCUUCUCUACAGCAAAUCAAGUAAUCCAAAGUAUUCAGAUUACAUUACUCACUUUAAGUAAUUUAAUGGAUUACAUUACAAACUACCCUCUGGGGUAUGUAAUCUGUAAUCUGUAGGGGAUUACAUUUUAAAAGUCACCUUCCCAACACUGCAUAUAAAUAAACAUCAGCGUUGAGCAAAUAGAAGAGUCAUAUUGGAAUGGAAAGAAGGAAAACACAACUUUCGCUUUAUUUUUGAUGAGGAAAUGACACAGUAUUUCAUGACAUGGCUAAAAGUGUAGCACAAUAUACAUUAAAAUUAAAAUAACAAACAAUUAUCACGCCGUUUGAGAAAAAUAGGACGAGAAUGUGACUUUUUAGCCUCGUACCGUGCAGCCCCGCCUCUCCUGUACAGUAUUUGUCUUAAUCAGGGAACGACAGCAGCUUAAUAUCCAAACACGGCACCAGCUUUUUCUAUCUGCUCGUGUAGUAGGAGAUGCAUAGAGGCGUGUCUAUAAGGGCCAGGCCUGUGGAGGCUUUAAACCCUCGACAUACGCUUACAGAGGGAUUCAUAGCAUAUCUACCUAUCUAUCAACAUCGUGUCUUGUAUCACACUUUAUCUACUACGAGGGCUUGAACGGGCUUCGCCGAGUGAAGCUCCACCACGUCACAUCCGGUACAAAAAAACCCCCACAAAAAUCUUUUUCAGAACACUCGCUGGAAACAACAGCUGAUGAAUGGAGCUCAACAAACUGCGGUAAAUGUAGUCCAUUUUUUGAAAGGUUCAUAUAUGAAUUGAAUUUAUUUAUUUAUUUGGAGGAUAAGCGCCUUGAGAUGUCCUCAUAAAUACAACAACUAAAGACAGAUACAGUAGGGCUGGGUAUCAUUAAGAAGUUGCCGAUACGAUACAUACCUCGAUACACAGGCCACGAUACGGUACAUAUCUCGAUACAGUGCACUUUCGAUUCGAUAUGAUAUAUUUCAAAUCGAUUCGAUACGGUUCAAUAAAAAAUAAAGGCUAAAUCGUGGCUGUGAUACUAAAAGUCUUUGUUAAACCACUUCUUGUGCAAAGUUCAUAUGAAACACAAACAUUUUAAUCCUCAAAACAGUCAAAAUGUCAAAUGUGUCGCAUAAAUGAGUUUCCUUUCACUCCACAAGCAACAAAACUGUAGCUCUGUAACAAAAUAAUUUAGUAAAACACAGCUAAAAAUACUCUCGGUGAUAUAUCGAUACAGUAGCCCAAGAUAUCGAUACUGUAUCAUCACAUUAAACAAUACGAUAUAUCGAUAUUCUGAUAUUUUUGCACACCCCUAGCAGACAGUAGGACUUAGUGUUAUAACUUUUUUACAACCUCUACACCCUGUAUCAUAUUUUGAUGAACUUUUACUAGUAAUGAAAGGAACUGACCUUCAGUUGGUCAUAUUUUUGAAAAAAAAUCCCCCCGGACUCAAAAUGAAGUUUUCGUAAAGCCGACCAACAACCAGAAUAAAACUGUUAGAAGGUUAAUAUCUGUUCAAUCAUAAAAUAACCGAAGGCAAUUUUCUCUUUAAUAACACAGGAACAAAACACAUAAUCAGGGUAAAGAUCAUAUAAAAUAGGCCACUAAAAGUCCAAAAAUGAUGAUUGUCAGUGUUGGUUUGCAACGAUGAAUCGAACGGCCGUAGACCGGUGCUCAGUACAGUGAAUAAUUAAAAUAUGUGCAUGUUUAACACGUUAGAAUGAGCCAUCACUCUUUAUUUCCAUUAAGAUUCUUAAAAUUCCACACUAAAUAUUAAAUAUCAGCUUUAUCCAGGUAGAUUUUCAAAAAAAACUUGCAAUAAAAAGAUCAUUUGCAAGAUAUUUGGGCCAAUUCUCCUGGAAGCCCGAGGGCCAAGAAAAAUUUGUCUAAGGGCCGCAUUUGGCCCACGGCCCAUAGUUUGGACAUGCCUGUUUUAGACAAUUCCUUUCUGCUUCUCCGUGUCUGAUAGAGCUUAAAAGCGAACGUUCGAGUCUUGCGGGAUUUGCGGGCGGGAACGGGACAAAAUAUCACACGGGAAACGGCGGGAACGAAAAUUACAAUUCUUUGCAGGACUGAAAAUUCUGUUCCCGCGCAGACCUCUACUGUGAACCACUAGUUAUGUUUUUAUUUUAAGACAGUAAAUAAUCAGGUAUGUUUUCUUUAAGUUUUGGGUUGGAUUAGUGUAAUAAAUCGGGUAUUAAACCGUCCCGGAUGUGGAUGUGGACGUGGACGUGGUGGAGCUCCACUGUCGCCUUCGCCUCUUUCAGACUCUCCUGCGUUCAAACUGAAACAAAACUAGGACAAAAACACUGACCUCUUAACGAGAAAUAACUCAUAUCUAAUUAUACCGAGUGAAUCUAGUGGUGCGCAGAGUAGAUCUGGUCCUAUAUUUCCUGUACACUGUGGGCAUACGCUAACUGAACCAUUAGAGAUAAGUUGCUCAAAUGCUGGAACACUUAUGUGAUAUUAAAGGCCAUAAAGGUGUACAAAGCUGUAUAAUGUACUUUUCAGUUCAUUUAGUAGCAGAGGUUUGACACCGUACUGUGCAAAUCUGGCUCUACCAGAUCGGAAUCAAAUAUUUAAGAAGCGGAAGCGUUUUCUCUUACGACGAUACAUAAUGUGAAUAAUACAUGAGGCACUUAUAGAGAGUUUAGAGAAGCUAUUUCCAAACGCGUCGGGACUUUUUAUCGUUGCGUUGCGAAGCAGAGUCCAUAAAGCACAAACGUGUACUAUACAUCGGUUGCUGUGUUUUUGUUACUUUUACUGAGGAAUAAUGAUAAUUGUGUAUUUUUUGUAUGACGAGUGAUUUCUUUGAUUGCUGUGUGGAUUUAAAGGGCCGAUACUACAGUAUUUUAUGAUCUGCUGUGUGUUGUAAUGCAGUUUCCUCAUCGUAAACACACCUGGAGUUGUUGUUCAAUGAGGUUCAUUUGGUUUUCUGAUAAUUUAUGUUAUUAGGUUCUUUUUUCAGACCAAGAGUUUGUUUUCAUACUUACAUUUACAGUUUUGAUUUCUCACUAGUAGGGGUGUAACGAUAUCCAAGUCAAUACGAUAUCAUCACGGUAUGAACCUCGCGGUACGAUAUUUAUUGCGAUAUCAUGGUAUUACGAUACUCUGCAUAAUAACUAAGACCAGUCAUUUGGUAAAACAUUUACUGCAAGAGCGUCAAACUCAAAGUCACAGAAGCUGAAAUUAAAAACUGGGACUAAGUUGUUGCCCAAACUAAAUAUUUAUUGAAAAAUUUCAACAACAUCUGCCUGUUUUCUCUUCUUUCGAGAUAUGUAAUGUUAAACUUUUUCUUAUUAAAAUAAAUGUUUUGUUUAAACAUUGCUCUUACUAUCAAAUAAUAACACAAUUUUAAAUAAAUAAUGUCUCUAUCGUCGAUCUGUAGCCGGCGGGCAGCUCUAAUACAGAUUUGAUAUGAUCUCGCGGGUCAAAUAUAAUUAUAUAACGGGCCAAAUUUGGUCUCCGGGUCUGAGUUUGACAUGUCUGAUUUAUUGUCAUGUUCAUAUCAGUGACAUUUUGAACAGUAGUCAGGAGCCUCGCGGAGUAAGUCUGAUAGAAGCUGAACCGCAUCAGCGCACAAGGAGCGAGCUGUUUUUUUCAGAGCUUAUGCAAAUGAGCCAUGAGGUUUUAAGUUUCAUUUCUAUGAAACGUAAACAAACGUGCACAAAGCUGCAUUAAACACAUUAUUACUCAAUGUAUAUUUGAGUCCUUGUCGUAGGAAAUAUAAAACGGCAUCGCAUUUAAGUUUGUUUUGUCUAUUUCGGCUCCAGUUUAGCCACUAACCUUUUGAACAUGAUGGUGUUCACCGUGGAAAAUAGAUGCAAAUCACUCACUUUAUAUUCUGUGAUUUAUUUAGUUAUUUCUUGAGCUGCUUCAUGUAUAGGUUUUUGUCCCGACUUGAUUUUCUGAACACAUGCUUGAACAUUUUCGGCGUGUCGGCUUAUCAAGGUCCUUCUCAUGUUGUAGUAUUUCUCGAGGUGAACCACACGCUGCAUUGAGUCUGCACACUGUCUGUUGUUCGUCCGUCACCUUUUCUCCAUUCUCGUUUCGUGUCACGACAAACCCAAAAUGCUUCUAGACCUCAGACUUAAAAGUCGCUGGUGUGUUCACAACGGGCGCACAGACCGAUGACGGGAUCAGCCUUAUCGUCAGAAGAGCCUCUAGUCAGAAAAUCCAUGUUCAGGUCGUGUUACAAAUUGUUACAAAUGAAAUUGUAUUUCAAGUUUUAAAUAUUUUAAAAAGUAAAUAUUAAAAGUAAUAAAUAUAUUAAACCCUUAAAAUACAGCAAAAAUGUUUGAGGAAAUAAUGAUUUGGGUGGAAAUGUCUGUCUUAAGUGGAACAGGGUUAAUAAUUGUCUGAUUUUCAGGCAACAACUUGCAAAAUGUUCAGUAAUUCGAGCUCUACAACCUUCAUUUCAAUUUUAUUUUAAAUCUUUUUCUUUUAAUACAGCACUGGUGGGUUUGUAAACCAACAAAUUAAGUAAUGUUGGCCUUAGCUGAUGCUGUUAUGCAGGAUUAUGCGUUUUCCUGUCAAUAUCUCAAAAAAUGUUGAUGUUGCAGCCAUUUUUAAUUGGUAAACAUCCAAAAGUUUACUAAUUCUUCCCUGAUAUCCAGGGAUUAUUCCCUGUUGCUUUCAUCAAAUAUACAUUCAAUUGUUCAAGAGAAAUGUUGCUGACAAACCAAUAGAAGAGGGAAUGAUUUUCUGACUAGUGGACCUUCUGAUGAUAAGGGUGUAACCACCGAUGACGUGGUCCAUUAUGGUCCAUGUAGUUUACUGUGCACCACAGGAGCAGACUGAAAAUUAUUAUUUUUGCCUAAAGCCACACAGUUUAACACCGUGACAAGACCGUGAUGAUAUCAUGGCAAUUACUACAACAAUAUCAUGAUCUCGCCAGUAUCAUUACACCUCUACUCCCUCGCAGUCUUCCUCUGCGUGGUCAUGUGAUGUUGCUGCGUCGUGUCUGCUCAGCUGAUUUAAACAGGUCAGUCAUUUCUGAAAAAAAAAAGAGACAUUAUGGACUGGAACGGAGCAAACAUCAGUGGGACAUCGGCGCUGGAUUAAAGAGGCAAUCGAAACGUGCCCACGGGACGAUAAACCAGGACGAGGGGCUUUUUUACUUUCACACACCUGGGAUUCUGUCCUGAGGAAGUGGGACUGCAGGUGGCGCUGUCGUCCUGCCUCCACUGGUAGAAAGACAGCGCCAAAACCUGUUUAAAUCAGCUGAACGACACGUCACAGAAACAUCACGUCGAAACUGUCGGGUAUGAAAACAAACUCUUGGUCUGAGAAAAGAACCUAAUAACAUAAUAACGUUUUGAGCUUUGGUGAUGUAGACAAACUAAUAAUAAAUGAUUACUCAACACAUGUGUGAAUGAAACAAAACACAACUCCAGGUCUGUUUUUAACGAAAGCAACAGCAUUAGAACAUUAGAAGAGUGUAAUAUGUGUGUAAUAUAGGACCUUUAAAGUCUUGAUUUACAUGUUGACCAUGUAACUGAUGAAGAAGAGCUUUGUGCAAACACGUCUCAGGCACUUGACGGACUUUUGAUUUUGAGUUGAAAAAUGAAAUGUAAUUUGAAGUUGCAGUAGGCAGUUUGUCAGUAAACAGUGAGCAGUAUUAAAGCUGCACUAGGUCACUUUUCUGCUGGUAGACUGUGGGGAUGUAACAAUAAAUAUAUCAUCAAAGUUCUCACAAUAACAUCGUGGACCAUCACAAUAUAUCGAAUUACAAGUCUCUUUUUUAAAUGAAGAAUUAUGGUGCAGCAAUAGCUAAAAAACAGACAGAGAACUACAUAGACCAUGAUCCUUUGCUCCAUUUCAGUGCAGACGACAAGAAGAAAUAACAGUUCUAACACUUUUAAGUCUUAGUUCUUUGGAUUAAGUUUUGUCAAAGCAUUUUAAGAGGAAAAAGUAACAUGUUCACAGUUUUGUUUUGGUCCACAAAAUAUCGCAAUAAAUAUCGUACCGAGAGAUUUAGAUAUUGUUACAUCCCUAAUCGUGAGUUUUCCCACGAUAUCACAAUAAAUAUCGUAGUGCGAGGCAGGGGACCGCAACCCCCGGGCCGCGGACCGGUACCAGGCCACAAACGUGCAAACCCCCCCCCAUACGCAUCUAUACUAGGACUAAACCAGGACUAAACCAAGUCUAAAACCAGGUCUAAAACCAGGUCUUAACCAG